AUGGUUCAGAACAAGGGAGUCAUCUUCAAGAACGUGCCAGAGGGAUGGCCAAAGGCGGGGCAGGACCUCGCUGUUGAGGCCCGCGAUAUCGACCUCGAGCAGCAGCUCCCAGAGGGUGCUCUGCUCGUGAAGAACUUCUAUGCCUCAUUCGACCCCUACCAGCGGGGACGCAUGCGUGCUCCCGACGUCAAGUCCUACUCUCCUCCUUUCGAGCUUGGCAAGCCCAUCACCAACCGCUCCAUCUUCAAGGUCGUCAAGUCAAACAGCGACAAGUUCAAGGAGGGCCAAACCCUUAUCACCAUGGGAAUCAGCCCUAUUGAGGAGUACUCCGUUCUCGACAAGGAUGCUGUCGCCAACUGCAUCGAGCUCAAGAACCCCUACAACCUCGACCCUAAGUACUUCCUCGGCCCCCUCGGUAUGCCUGGUCUUACCGCAUGGUCAUCUUUCUACGAGAUCGGCCAACCGAAGAAGGGUGAAACCAUCUUCAUCUCCGCCGCUUCUGGUGCCGUCGGUCAACUAGUUGGCCAGCUCGCCAAGCACGAAGGUCUUACUGUCAUUGGAAGUGUCGGUGACGACAAGAAGCUCGAAUUCAUCACCAAGGAGCUCAACUUCGACCAUGGCUUCAACUACAAGAAGGAGAAGGCUGCCGACGCGCUCGCCCGCCUCGCCCCUAACGGUAUCGACAUCUACUACGAGAACGUCGGUGGUGAGCAACUCGAGGCUGCCAUCAACGCCAUGAACAACUUCGGUCGCAUUGUUGCCUGCGGUAUGAUCUCGCAAUACAACCUUAAGCCCGGCGAGCAAUACCCCAUCCGUAACCUCAUGCAAGUCGUUGCCAAGCGCCUCACUAUGCGUGGUUUCAUUGUCAGCGACGACAACAUGGGCCCCAAGCACCACAAGGAUCACCAGGAGAAGCUCCAGAAGUGGCUCAGCGAGGGCACCUUCAAGGCCAAGAUUAGCGUUACUGAGGGCAUCGACAACGGUGUCGAUGGUUUCCUUGGCAUGCUAGAGGGCAAGAACUUUGGUAAGGCUGUGCUGCAGAUUGCGGACUUGAGCAAGGAGUAA